CUACGGUAGUGCUUUUACUUUUCUUUAUAUCCUGGUUUUUCCCUUGCUAUCGGAAGGAGAUUUUUCUUUCCUUUUUCUCGUUGCUCGUGUUUUUGCAGUCACACCCUCUUUUUACGGUUCAAGCCUCUUGGAAACGCUUGUCUCCGUUUGUACGGGUGUCGAGAUCGCGUCGAAGGAUUUUUAUGUUUCAGUAUCUCUGACGCGCUGCUUCAAGACACCGGGGGACCCUCACAACUCGCCCGAGUCAGCCAGCCCACACACCCAUCAUCUUCCGGACAUACCCAUGCCGUCAUAGGUUUUUGCUGGUCACUUUUCCUCUCUGAUAUAUAUGAGGCCAUGGCGAUAAGAAUGCUUUCGACAAAUUCUGCUACGGAUGCAAGAGGUUCAUUUGUCACCCAUACAAAUUUUGCUGCUUCACAUUUACAUUCCACACGUACUGGCCAGAACGAGCAAUAUACAUCCAGACCAAUCUUUAGCAGGGCUAGGACAGCACCCAACGAGUUACUCCGCGAGAUGCAAGGACUUCAGAUUAGGACGCCAGUGAAUGCCGGAAACUACAAGAUGACAACGACAAAUCAAUCAUCGAAAAAUGAUGUGAAUGAUCAAGAAAUGCUUACUCCUCCUUCUACACCCGCGCAAGCGAAGCUUGAAGAGCAAUUUCCUUCGAGGCGGUCACUGGAUGCUUCGCACGUACCCGAGCUCAACUUCUCACCUGAUCUUUCACGGGCAGAGUUGUUGGGUGAAGGUGUUUGGAGUAAAGUGUAUCGCAUUUCUGCUACACCUUUAUCACAACCUCAGGUGGGACGUCCUCUUACCCCACCAUCUACACCGCAUAAAUCCUUCUUCGGACCACCUCAACACUAUGCCAUCAAAACGGCAACACGUUCGGAUGCUGCUGCAGUCUUCCAAGCAGAGGCCAAUAUACUCACGCAUAUCCAAUCCUACGACUCGAGUGCCGACUACGUGGUUCCUUUCCUCGGCCUCUGCACUUCCACUCCAACACCUUCCCUCCUCUUCCACUGCGCAGAUGCCGGAACCCUGGAAUCUCUAACCGAGUCCUCGACCUCGCUCUCACCACCAGAAGUCCUGGAUCUAUUCCUCCACGUCAUGCCUCAACUAACACACGCCCUUUCCUUCCUCCACACCACAACAAACACAAUCCACGCGGAUAUAAAACCAGCGAAUAUACUUUUAAACUCGACCAUUUCUGGCCGACCCCUCGCCCGCCUUGCAGAUUUCAGCACCGCUUUCGUUGCGUCUGCACAACCAUCACAACACUCAGGAGGCGGCACAUGGUCCUUCAUGGCACCCGAACAACUCUCCCUCAACCCUUGUCUCUCCACCCCUUCUUUUUCCUCUGAUGUCUACUCCCUAGGGAUUUCCCUGCUGUCUUUCCUCUGUGGUGGAAACCCGUUUUCCUCUCUUCUGUCCAAUAACUUCAGACUCCGUGAAGCGGUGAAGAUGGGCGAUGCGAUUAGUUGGGGUAUGCAAGAACCCGCAUUUGAGCAAAGGAUUGGGGCGUUGCAGAAGGAAUGGGAAGGCAGAGGUGGAGAAGGUAAUCUUUUGAAACUUGUGGCUGGGGCGGUGAGGAAGAAGAGGGAGGAUAGGUGGGAUGCUGGGGAGUGGUGUAGGAGGGUUGAUGAGGCGUUGGUGAAGGUGAAGAGGGAGAAGGAGGAUGAGAUUGUGGGGUUGGGGAUUAGAUGCUAGAUAAUGCAUCGGGACCCGUUCAAGAUACUAUGGGUUUCUGUGGUUUGGGGGGACUGAUGUGUUGGAUGCAUCGAUUGGCGUUUCUUUUGGGACUUUGGUUUUUGACAUUUCCUUUCUUUUUCAUUGCAGGCACGAUACCCUCGCUACACAUCUUACAGGAAGAUUCAAAAGGUUAUAUACGGCGAUAUACCUAGGGAUACAUGGGACAGAGACAGAACCAUACAGAGAUUAUUCAUUUCGUAUCAUUCAUCAC